AUGGGGCUGUUAGUACUGAACACGAUGACGAAUCCUGGCCCAAUGCCUAUAUUGAAUCAUAUAAAAUCUAAGGCUAGAAUAUUUGAACCGACGACAAAAUAUUCAAGGCACAAGCUGAAACAAGAUCUCAAGGCGCUGGGUAAUGUCAAUGAAUAUGAGGUUAAUUCAAACCAGAGAACCUUCUCUAGUCCAGUUUCGGUGUCUCCUUCGUCUACACCCGAUGCAUCAUCUCUAACCCCUUCUUUGUCAAGUGUUCUUUGUCAGAUAAAGAAAAGAAGCAAAGACCGCAGAAAUACAGGAUCCACCGUAUCUUCAACGGAUUCGCUACGGAGCAUAUUAUCAUCAAAUUCGAGUCCCUAUGGUACGAGUGCAGAUAAUGUGUUUUCAGAUGUAGGUUCUAAAGAUGACAAAACACUAUAUGGAGUAACUGACCGGAACCAUCCAUUGAGCCAUGUCGACAGCGAUACGGAAACAUCGCAACGACGCGUGCAGAAGAUAAGUGACCCUCAGAGCACUGGAUAUGAAGUUUUGCCUCAUACUAAGAUGUAUAAUUUGAACGAUUUGGAUUUCACAGAAUCUUUUUCAGAGAAGGACAUUCUACAACCAAUUACACCAAUCUACGAAAGACCCAAAAACAAACGCAUGGAUAUCGAUCCAAUAUUUACCAAUACAUCAGAUGAAAGCUCAGAACAAGAGCAUAAACGUCACAGGAAAUUCAAACCGAUCUUUUUACAAGAACAAGUUGUAGAGAUGGAGCACUGGCCCAACUCUUCACAGCAACAGCAUCUACAAACUAAUAGCAUGGAAUCCAUCACAUUGGAUCCCAUAACGCAAAAGAGAACUCGCCAACAGACGCUAAAUCCAUCCUUUUUACGACUGUAUGCAUUAGAAACUAGUAUGAAACAGAAAAAUUUAUUGCCUGACCUCAACUUAGAUGAGUCCAUUCUACAACGGCUUUCAAUCCAAGAAAUUUCUCAGUUGAACAUUCCAGCAGAUCCAUCCAACAGGAUAUCACCACAUCAAAUCAAAUUAGCACUAAUAACAAGAAAGAAGCUUUGGUCAGACAUGUGCCAGGUUACGAGGACAGAUCUUCACGGUGAGCAUGCACCAGCAAACUUGAAAUUCGUCAAGGCAACAACUGUACGUGAUUCUUCUUCAUCAGAUAUCGAAGAAGAUGAAAAUACAAAGGAAACUACGUCACUCGUGAGAUUGAACUCCGAGGUGAAACCUUGGUCACAACCAGAAAUGUCACAACCAACUAUGUUCAAACCAUGUGGCAGAAUUUCCCUUGGAAAAAACGCUAAUUCCAAGGAGAUUCAAUACGUGGUGAAAGGUUGGUGUGACUGUAGAUUUGCAUGA